AUGAAUGCAAUUAAAUAUUCAUCAAACUAAAAUAUUUCAAAAAUUUCAACUCUUCCAUUUAGAUUUACAGCAGUAUUUGAUUCAAGAGAAGGAAUUAUAUUAGCUACUUAUGCUAACAGUUCUCUGGAUAUUAAGUUAGAUAGUUCUAAUUGCUAUAAAGGAUUAUUUGAUUAUGAUCCUAGAUGCAGAUUUUAUUUUAUUAACAGCUUAAAUGAAACUUCAAUAUUUAUGAAUCCACCUUAAAUAUCAGCUUCUGCUACACCUCAUUAUAUAUCCUAAUAAUCGAUAUGUAACAUGUUUUGA